AGUUGUGCGUCAUAAAGUCUCGUCGGGUAACGAAGCGACAUCCUUUUCCUGUAGCAAUUCCUUUUCAUGGAUGGACACGACCUUCUCAUGGAGUUUUCUUUUCACCGUAGAAACGUCAACGUUGAAAGGCUUGCUCCAUCGUUAGUAGAACUUUGGCCGGAACUGCCCAUCUGUAGUGGACUAGGAGGAGAAAAUGCAUUUCAGUUUUAUUUCGUGAGCAAGGAAAGUGUUAUUCACGUGAGGUUUCUCAGCGUUUCUCUCAUUCUCAGUCUUGUCCUCAUGCAAAUGUCAUGUUACUUGCUACAAGGUCUGCUGAACAAUUCCUCAUCAAUAGUGGUCAUAUAUGACAUCAUGUAGGAUUAGUAUUUGUGUUUUUAUUUUUCCAGCAAUUCCUCUGCAAGGUCUGCACUGACCAUCUCUGACUCUGUCGGCGAUUUUUCUGCCCGUCAAUAGACUGUAUAGGUGUGUCACUCUUCUUCAGUUAUCGGUGCUCUUGAUAUUCAUCUGAGAAAGGGAAUUUAUGCCAUCGUACUUAAGUAAUUUGCUAGUACGGGUGCCUUCCUUCUGGACCUUCAUGUUUUCGUCCAACUUAUUUCUCAAUAAGCAUAUCGAACAUGUAGAGUUCCUUGAUAUUCGAAUGUAAUGUCAGUUGUUACUAGCUGAAGUCUACAAUGUGUCAUCUAGGUGGACCUCCAAACUAAAACCAAGCGAGCGCGUGCGAAUCGGAUAUCUCAUAGGGCAUAGUGUGUGCUCACAGUGACUUCACUCACGAUGCACGAGAAACAAUUUCGGCUACUUGCUGCAAACCUUGAAGGAGUUGUUAAGAUCUAUGAGGAGCUCUGCAAUUUUCUACAGCAGAAUCUGCAUCAUUUUCCUUAGCGUAUGAUUAUCUCCGAACCAUAGAUACAUUUGGAGGUUUGGACCCUUUGGAGAGCUCAAGUGAAAAAGAUUCUUGCAAAGGAGCCAAGAGACUCACACCCUCAUUUUGAGCUUAAUAAAUCACUUGGCUGUUUGGUAUCCCUUCUAGUCCCUAUGCUUCAUACAUGCUCACGAUUGUCACAGAAAGCAGGCAAUGGCUCCUGUAACGUGCAGUUCAAAUUCUCUUCAUCGCUCGGUGGUUCUAUUAUGUACCUGUUUAAUUGCUCCGAACCCAGUUUACUGGAUACUUGCGUGAUGAUUUGUUCUUGGAUUUGCAUUCAAUUCUGCAUGGAAAACAAUUCGCUUGUCAGAUACUGUUCAAGACUGCUACCCUUCACAUGCACAGUUAUCGUCCUAGAGCACUGUCAGAAUUAUUCUCCACGAAAAAAGGGAGGUCUCCGUGCAGACCCGACAAGUACAAAGAUGAUAAAGAAGUUGCGGAGGAGCUUCAGGAGUUUCGGAAGGACCAAGAAGACGUCCCUUGAUGAAUGUGGUGGUGAUCUUGAUGACCGGCCGAGACCUAGUGAUGUUGCAUUAAGCUUCGUCUGCAAGGCGAUACGUCGUGAUGAACAAGAUUAUGAACAAAUAUACCACAGCGCUGAACUCGAGACAUGCUAUCUCUCUGAUACGUCUUUGUCUCAGGAAUUUGGACGUAAUCCGAGAAAGCUUAUGGAUUUUCCAGCCAAAACAGAAUGCUCUUCUGAAUUCACCUUUCAAGACCAGAAUGAUACACAUCCAAGUACACCAUCUAAUCCCGAGUCUGGUCACACUUCUGAUUUCAGCUUUUCUUUCAGUGAUUUGGAGACUCCAAGAAUCUUAGAGGCAGCAGUAGAUUCAGAAGUUGUUACACCAGGAUGGCCCCUCAUGUACAACUCAAUAGGUUUCGGUGAAGAAAAUUCUUUGAUGGCACCGCCAGUCCGCCCUUGUCCAGGCAAACUACCAUCAGGUCUGGAUUCAUCAAAAUGUAUUCCUCCAGAGGAGGAGUCUCCUCCAAGUCCACGGCAAAGUCUUCCCUCAGAAAAGUCUACUCCAAUCUUACUACAAAAAUGUGUAUCAGGCAAGGUGAAGCCACCUCGAAGUCCUCUCCAUCGGAUACUCUCAGACAAGACAAGAAGUGUUUUUAAUCGAAUAGAUCGUCGUGCGUCAAGCGUGGAUUGGACUUUACACUUACCAAAUCGAAAUAAGGAGCUCUCAAAGUCACCAACGUUGGUAAUGACUGAAGAGAUCUACGCGAAAAUAUUGCAAGAGAUUGCGAGAGAUGCUUUUGUUUGUGUACCAAUCUCUCUCAACGCUAAGGAAUUUAGUGUGCCCGAUAUAAUUGGGAGAAAUACGUCUCUAGCUCAGAGGAUGAAAGUCUUGUGCUUAGAUAGGAAGUGUUCAUCAUUUUCACGUGAGGAGAUUGAAGCUGGGACAUGCAAUUUUUCUGCAAGUAAUAUGGUGGGUCGUGGGGGCGGAAGUGAGGUAUACAAAUGGAAGAUGCCUGAUGGAAAAGUGGCGGCGGUGAAACGCUUGAACCGUGGUCCAAAAUCAGAAGAAGAGCUUCUGAACGAUGUCGACAUCAAUACGUCUCUCUCUGCACAUCCCCACAUUGUGCGACUGCUUGGUUAUUGCGUUGAUUCAUCACAUUUGAUUCUUGUAUACGAAUAUCUUUCAGAAGGAAGUGUUGAAAGUCGUCUUCACGCUAGAACGAAUGCGCCCACUUUACCGUGGCUUGUGCGGUUCAAAGUAGCAGUAGGCAUAGCCAAAGCAUUGGAUUGCCUUCAUAAUGGCACCUCCCGUCCUGUAAUUCACAGAGACGUGAAGACUGCUAACAUUCUUCUCACUGCCGACUUUGAACCUCAGUUGUCGGAUUUCGGGCUCGCCAAGUGGGCUCCCAAAAAGGCUUCACAUAUUCUGUGCGACGACGUUCUUGGGACAUUUGGAUAUCUUGCACCUGAGUACUUCAUGUAUGGAAGAGUGAACAACAAGACUGAUGUCUAUGCCUUGGGCGUUGUACUGCUGGAGCUUAUCACUGGCCGAAUGCCAAUCGAUAAUACCAGCCCUAAAGGCCAAGAAAAUCUUGUCAACUGGGUAAGGCCUUUGUUGCACGAGAACAACCAUGACAAAAUUGUAGAUCCGAGGCUGGAGGGUGUUUAUGACGUGGAGCAGAUGAACAGAAUGAUACUUGCUGCGUCUCUUUGUGUACAGCUAUCUCCUCAGCGCAGACCACAAAUGAGUCAGGUGUUGCAAAUACUCUGCAGUAGCUAUGGUAGGCUUCAAAACAUGCACUUAAGGCCUGAUGAGAGGGAGGACAGCUUGCUCAUGGAACUUGAGGAAGAGCUCGAGGAAGGUGAUUUCAACAUUGUAGAAUCUUCCACUUUCGAUGAAUGCACCACUGAUAUUCAGACCCAUCUGGCCCUCGCUAUGCUGGGAGUGGAGGACGAGUUAGUCUUACACAGUGGAGUGAACCAAAGCGGGGUUGCUCUACCACAUUCCAGUGAUUACCUCGAUGGCCGAUUCAUCCCUUCGUCCAGACUCAUCACAUGAAGAACACUAAGGAACUAUUUUUUUUACAUUGUUUUUAGUUUUAUGAUAGUGCGCACACGAAAGUAACAAAAUGGGUAGGGCAAACUAUUCAGUGUAGAAUGUUAAGGUGCGUGAUCCUCUGGCCAUAUUGACUUUACUGUAUCUACUUCCAGAUGAUCAGUUCGAUUUCACCGCCUUUAGUUGUUGACACUGAGGUCUUAGAAUGAACCGGAACCUUAGAAAAACUAUUUAGAGUCUGGUCAACUUGAUGAAACUCUUGUAUAAAAAGCCGAGGGGCACGGAUUGAUUGCCCUUUGUAUAGAAUUGAAUCUCCAACAUGAAGGGGAAACAUUACGAUC